AUGACUGUCAGUGUGAUGCUGUUUAGCCUCUUAAGACUGAACCACAGGAUCCUUACUCGUGCCCCAACAAAUGUAGCAACAAAGGAAGUAGCCUCUCGGGUGCUAAAGAUGGUUAAAGAAUCAUUUGAAGCUGAAUCUGAAAGGGAUUCUUUGUUUUGUUCAUUGGGGGAUAUUUUAUUAUUUGGGAAUGACGACCGGCUGAAAAUCAGAUCAGACAUUGGGGAGAUCUAUCUGGAAUAUCGUGUUAAAAGGCUUGUAGAGUGCUUAGGACCAUUAACCGGUUGGAAGCAUUGUUUAAAUUCCAUGAUAGAUUUUCUUGAAGAUUGUGUUUCUCACUACCAUAUUUUUAUGGAAAAUGAAUUGAUCAAGGCCAAAGAACUCUGCGAAGAAGGUGGACCUACGGAGGUGGAAUUCAAAUCAUUUCUUGAGUUUGCAAGAGACCGAUUCAAAUCUACUGCAUCACCACUCAGGAGAUGUUUAUUUAUUUUCUGUACCCAUUUACCAAAGCGUUACAUUCUGGGACGUAAUUUUCAAAACAUGGUAUCUCUUAUUAAUAUACUUGAUUCGUUGGAAAUGUUGUUGUUUCAAGAAAAUGUGGUUUCUGAAGAAUUGGAGGAGCUUCUUUCACGUCAGGAAACAGUUGAAGACACUUCUGAGUCUUUUGUGGAUACGUCAUUACUGCUAUGCAUAAGACGAAGCAAGUGUCUUUCUGUUUUGAGAACUCUUCGGCAUUCUCUCGAGGAACUCAACCUUCCAAGUGUUAUGAAUAGAGAUUCAGUAAUGGAAUUUUGUUUUCGAACAGCUUCCUUAAUUUUCUGCACUGCUUCCAGUUCAUAUAAGCUUCAUCGGGUGGAAAUGGAACCACUGAACUUGCUGGUUAUUGACGAAGCUGCCCAGCUGAAGGAGUGUGAAUCAACCAUACCCCUUCAACUUCCGGGUAUGAGGCACGCUAUUCUCAUUGGUGAUGAGCGCCAAUUACCAGCAAUGGUCAAGAGUGAAGUUUCUGGUGAUGCUGGAUUUGGAAGAAGCUUAUUCGAAAGAUUGAGUUCAUCCAGUCAUCCUAAGCAUCUGCUUAAAAUACAGUAUAGAAUGCAUCCGAAAAUUAGUUUCUUCCCUAAUUUAAUUUUUUAUCACAAAUGGAUCUUGGAUGCACCAAAUGUUAAUAGUAAAAGUUACGAGAGACACUAUCUUCCAGGGCCAAUGUUUGGUCCUUACUCUUUCAUAAAUGUUAUUGGUGGAAAAGAAGAACUGGACGAUGAUGGACAUAGCCGAAGAAAUAUGGUUGAGGUUGCUAUUAUUUUGAAGAUAGUGCAGCAUCUGUACAAAGCUUGGAAUGGCUCUGAAAAGAAGCUUAGCAUUGGUGUGGUGUCUCCCUAUGCUGCUCAAGUUGUGGCGAUUCAAGAAAAACUUGGACGGAAGUAUGAGAACCUUGAUGGUUUCAUGGUGAAGGUGAAGUCUAUUGAUGGCUUUCAGGGUGGAGAGGAAGAUAUCAUAAUAAUAUCUACUGUAAGAACUAAUAGUAAAGGAUUCAUCGGGUUCAUAUCCAGUCCUCAAAGAACUAACGUAGCUUUGACUAGAGCUCGGCACUGCCUUUGGAUUCUUGGAAAUGAGAAAACCCUAUCGAAGAGUGGAUCAGUUUGGGCAGAAUUAGUCCAAGAUGCUAAGGAUCGUCAAUGUUUCUUCAAUGCUGAUGAAGACAAUGAUAUGGCCAAAACCAUAUUAGAUGUGAAGAAGGAACUUGAUCAACUUGAUGAUUUGCUUAAUGGGGACAGUAUACUUUUUAAAAGUGCAAGGUGGAAGGUUCUUUUCAGUGAUCAAUUUAGAAAGUCAUUUGGAAAAUUGAUCCGUACGAAGAAGUCUGUUAUGAACCUUUCACUGAAGCUAUCUAGUGGUUGGCGACCUAAGAGAAGGAAUGUGGACUUGGUUUGUGAAAGCUCUUCCCAGAUCGUUAAACAAUUCAAGGUUGAAGGGCUCUAUGUUGUAUGCACGAUUGACAUAGUGAAGGAAUCUAGGUACAUCCAAGUUUUGAAGGUUUGGGACAUAUUGCCCUUAGAGGAGAUCUCGAAAUUAGUGAAACGUCUUGAUAGCAUAUUUGCAAUGUACACCGAUGAUUUUAUCAAUCGCUGCAAGGAGAAAUGUCUUGAGGGGGACUUCGAAAUCCCAAAGAGUUGGGUGACCUCUUAUGACAUUGCCCGGUUUAAGAAUAUUUGCAGCAAUGAAUUUGGGAGUGACUCAAGUGUUGCUGCUGUUGAUGGUAGAAGUUAUGUUGAGAAUUCAAAGGUUAGUGAAAGCUUGUUGCUGAUGAAAUUCUACUCAUUGUCAUCUGGUGUUGUAAGUCACCUGCUUUCUGGCUGCGAUGGUGGGGAACUGGAUCUCCCCUUUGAAGUAACAGAUCAGGAGCUGGAAAUUAUUCUCUUUAGUAAAAGCACCUUUAUAGUUGGACGGUUGGGCACUGGAAAAACUACUGUUUUGACCAUGAAAUUAUUUCAAAGGAGCAACAGCACCAUAUGGCUACAGAUGGAUUUUAUGUAG